UUUUUCUGUAAGAAAAAAGGAGAAAAUCGAACCGAGAGGAUCGCUAGUGAAAUUAUUUACCAGUUGCCAUUCCCGCGGGCUGAAGUUGAUUUUCAUUUUCCAAUAGCCGCCGGUUCGAGAGCUCCGCCAUGGCCGCCCCCUACGAUCCCGCUACUCGUGAGGCUGUUCGGAAGAAGCAAGGAGCGCCAAUUAAGUUCUUGGUUCCUCUCGUAUAUGCCCCUGUUCUUCCUCUCAUCAGAAUCGCGCUGCGUAAGAACCCGGUUGUGAGGGAUCGGCUGUUCACGGCGGUGUUGGCCGGUGCUUUUGCCCAUGGCUUUUACCUGGUAACUGAUAUUUACGACGCUGAGAGCAAGUGAAUGUGGAACUCAUCCAUCAUCCAACUCAAACUCAAAUUCAGACCUUCUCCCAUGUCUUUUUUUUUUCCCAUUGCUAAACCCUAAACUAACUUUUUCUUUCCCUUCUUUAUAAAUUUUGUGCAAGAGAAUGUAUCUUCAUUACAUCUUAUUCCAAUAUGUUGCCCCUUUCAUUGUCUUGGAGGAAGGAAAAAAAUGAAGAGUUAUUAUUAUUUUGUGAAAGUGAAUUGUAUUGUAUUGCAUUGGGGUAAUAUGAUGAAAUAAUGAUAGAUUGGGGACAUUUUGAACCCUCAUCAUAUUUAAACC